AUGCAGAUUUAAUCCGUAGAGCAAUCACACUCAUAAAGACCUUCAUUACAUAAUAAACCUAACUCAUAGAUACUACAAGAUAAUAAUAAAAAUUACUAGGAAAAUAAUGAUCAAUCCUACGAUGUUUAGAUUGAACCAGAAAUCAAUUAGGCUUUCAUCACUGGUCUUUCUUCUUCUAAAGAACCUGGAAGUGUAAGAGAUCAGUUUGAUAUGAUGCAAUACAGCUAAAUCAAUUAAGAAUUAAGUGGACAGGAAAAGUUAAAGUUAGCCUAUGAUGGCAUUAUGAAGGAAAUAGAGAAUAUGGAUGAGUAUAUAGACAAUAUUCUUUAAAAAUAGGAAAUUGAUUUUCUUUCAGCUUAUAGGGGUCAUAUGAUGAAGGUCUAGAGGGAAAUUAUAAUGUUUAAGAAAAUGCUUAGUGAGCAGCAAUAUAGACUAAAAAGAGAUUAAACUAUAAGUGGGCUUAAGAAGUAGUUUCAUUGGUUUAGAGAUGAGGCACUAACACUUUCUAAGCUCUAUGAGAAAAAUAAGGACGUGUUAAAGAAAACUAAGGUUAACGCUUAGAUGUUAGAAGAUGACAGAGGGUUUUUGGUGGAAGUUCUGAAAAAGAACAAAAGAGAAAAUAUGCAAAUGAAGACUCAAAUUUAGAAGUAAACUGACUAAAUAAAACAAUUAGUCGAUGUGAUAAAGCAGCAAAAGGAAAAAAUUGAAAACUAGCAAAUCAGUGGAGAAGUGAUGCAAAAUGAAAGCAUCAAAAGGAUAAUUGCAGAAGUUGAGAGUGAAAAAAUGAAAUCUAUGGAUUUGACCUCUAAUCUCACUCAAUUUGCUACAAUGAACAAAACUUAAGUUAUCAAGUCAAUGGAUGCCAGAAGCUACAACAAUGUAAUGGGGCCUGUAUUAAAGCAAAAAUUUGGUGAUACAAUCGACAAUUAGGAUAUUUUCACUAAUACCUAGGUAAUAGUUGAAGAUGACUAGAAGCUUAAUACUAAGAGUUUUGUUACGAGUCUGCUUCACAGAACCAAGAAUUUUCAGAAUUCUGAUUUAACUGCUUAAGCAAUCUAAUAGUAUAUAGACUUACAGAAUAAAAAAUAAUACGAGAUUAUUUAGCGACAAAUCAGACAGAUCGGACAAUAAAAAGCGUAGAUAACUUCUUUAAAGAAUAUGCUGUCUCAAGCAACUAGGUUUACAGAGUAUGAAGCAAUAUUUAGACAGUGUGUAGAUCAGGUAAAGUAAGAACGAUAAGAUCAUUCUCAAAAAUCUAGAAAGAGAUUGAGAUCUGCCAUCUCUACAGAUAGAUCUUCUUCAGCCAGAAACAGAAAUGAUACUAGAUUUAUGUCACCAGAGUCCAAUAAUUUGACUCAAGAUAAUAUAACACUUGGGUCCACAUAUAAGGAUAAGGUAAGAGCUCAUGAAAAACGAAGAAUUAUUGACAAAUUCUUUAUGAAUGACUAAAUUUUCAACAAUUUAUACAAUCAGAUGUUUGACCCUCUAAUGAACAGUUAGAAUAUGGAUUUAUCAGGGUUAUCUCCAGUCUCUCAACAAUAGCUAACUAUUGAUAACAAAGAGUAUCUGAGUGAAGUCAUAGAUCAGCAAUAAACUGAGACUUUCUAGACUUUCAGUCCCUACCCAACUGGUAGAGGAACAAUCAAUAACAACUUCAAUAGUACUAACAUCAAUUUCUUUAUGCAGCCAAAUAAUGCUAACUCUGAGUAGCAAUUAUUUGAUCAGCAAUCAAAUUAGUAACAAUUCAAGAAUGUGGAGAUUAAAAAUGGGAAACUCCUUCCACGAGCCUCAUUUAUCAAUGAAAAGUAAACUCUUAAGCUGAGUGAGCAUAUUUAGCUUGGAGGUGAUAACUCUAAUAUGCAAAUUGAUUCUUAUCACUUAUUCAAUCCCUCAGAGUAGACACUAAUAAACUAAAAAACAGCAGCUGAGUCUCACAGCCAAAUUAGAAAGCAAAGACCCUUCUCAUCAUACGAUUCCAGCGCUAGAAAUCUUAGACUCUCAAAGAGAUUCAAUUAAAGCAAAAGAGAUGUGUAAUCCAAUCAGCUAAAUUUUAGCAGCCGCAUGCAAAUAAGCUAGAGACCAAAAACUAAUCAGUAGCAGAAGAGGACUUUACUGAAUAGAACUCUCAAUAAUAAUCAGAAUUCUAUUUCAUCCAGGACAAAUGACAUACCUAACUGA